CAAUGCCAGAAGCGGCAGUGAAGCAGAGUACUGGCAAGGCAUUGGACGCUCAAGCUGGCGAAGUGGUGGCAAUAACGAUGGAGUGAACCUUAAGUGGACGUCGGGAUAGUGAAGUGGACGUCGGGUUAGUGAAGUGGACGUCGGGUUAGUGAAGUGGACGUCGGGUUAGUGAAAUGGACGUCGGGAUAGUAAAGUGGACGUUGGAAUAGUGAAGUGGACGUCGGGUUAGUGAAGUGGACGUCGGAAUAGUAAAGUGGACGUUGGAAUAGUGAAGUGGACGUCGGGAUAGUGAAGGAAAUAUCUCAGAAAUGUUUGUUUUGCUGCUGCUGAUAGUGAUGUCACAUUCUCUGCUCGUGUCUACGAGAUACAGAGGAGGUUGUAAGCCGCCCACGAGUGGCUCCGAGGUCACCUUUUAUACGGAGGAUGAACAAGAGACGUAUUCUCUUCUUUGGCACAGGGUGACUAAGAGAGACACUCAGAUCAACAUGACGCUACAUCUUUAUUCACUGGGAAACACUACGUUAAUACGUCAGAAAAUAGAUCCUUUCAUUACAUCAGACACCGAGUACUUCUCAAGGAUUUAUCUGAGUUAUUCUAAGACGAAUAAGAAAACGUUAGUUUCUUCAAAGUUCGUAUCCAAGACCUUUAACGGAACCAAGUUGCAGCAAGUGACGGUGGUGAGCAACGCCUCGGUGGAGUGGGUCAAGUGUUUUGAUCUUUAUUCUUUCCCCAAUCUGUCACGUUCCAGUCACGCUUCAUUGUUGGUAGCCACUGUGGUGCUGGCAGUGUUGGUGCUGAUGUUGCUGGUGGUGACGUUUGUUGGUGCUGCUAACAUUUAUUGCCUUAGGAAGUCCAAGACUGAAGCGGCUCCCUUACCUCUUGGAGACUGUGGCGAGUCCUCGAAGGUCAUACAAGACCAAGGUGAAGACCACGUGUAUGAAGACUGGAACUACGGAGCCGUCACUUCCAUCUACUACGACGCACGUAACAGCCUCUACGUCAGCGCUGACGAGAAGACAGCAACAGUAUCAGCGACCAAGAAACAAGAACAAUCAUGACAAGGCGACCUGAGUGAAGGACACUGACUCAAGUGUACAAUUAAAACAACUGACCUAACCUUUACGUGACCUAACCUAACCUAACCUGAACUAACCUCACCUAACGACCUAAACUAACCAGUCUUGUAGUUUAAUAAUAAGCAUUCGUCUUUUAUCUCUCUCUCUCUCUCUCUCUCUCUCUCUCUCUCUCUCUCUCUCUCUCUCUCUCUCUCUCUCUCUCUCUCUCUCUCUCAGAACACAAUCUAUAUCUUCGUCACUCUUUGUCUAUCUGUCUCUAUCUCUGUCAACAUCAUUGUCUCUCUUUUUAUCUAUAGGUCACUAUUUCUUUCUGUCUCUCUCACUCUACACGCUUGUCUCUCUCUUCGUCUGUGUAUCUCUCUUCCUGUUUACACUAACGUCUGUCUGUCUGUCUGUCGCUUUCUCUGUUUACAAUCUCGUCUCUCUUCUCUUCUGUGUAUCUCUCUGUCUCUCCAGUAAAUCUCUCUCUUAAUGCUGUAGUUAAUUUAAUACCUUAUGUCUGUACUGUGUGACUGUUGACAUUGAAUAUUCGAUCAUUUUACGUCUAAAUCUUAUCAUUAUUUACCGGGUUAGUUCUAAUAUCUUAUCAGGGUUUAUAAAUCCUUAUAUAAGUUAUUAAUGUUUUUUAUAAUGUCUUAUAUAUUAAAAAUAGUAAUAAUAAUAAUUCAGUAAAGUUGUCAUAGAGCUUUACAACUGGAUAAGCAUGUUUAUAAAAUAUGCAUACAUUUCAACACGAAUAUAGACAAUAUGUAGGUAGGCCGUGGAAGUACAUGGUAUACAGCAAUGGUAAACAGUAAGUUAACUUGACCAGGAACAGCCGACAAAGCUGUGUCAGGUGUUUAUUUCUUGGAAGGUUCUUUGUUUAGGCUUACGCUUGGCUCUAAUUAGUAAUAGUAUGUCUACAGGAGUAAUGGUGAAAGUGUUUGAUAAAAUUCAACAAGCAUUACAUUGUGGUUGGACUAUCCGAGGCUGGCGGAUCACUUCAUCUGUCAUGUAUAUUUUUUGUCUUGUCUUAACUUUGUUAUAAGAGUAAAGAAGAAAGUGUUUUUCCGUUGAGCGCGGACACCGGGCACCAUAACACUAUGUUGACUCCCUCUAGUGCCCUGUCGGUUCAUAUCCCUAUCCUUACAAGGUCUGUUGUUAGAUACUCUGGGCAGUCCAUUGAAUAUCCUGUGAGAGCAAUUCAGCCUCAGUUGCCUCACUCUAUCAGCCACACUUAACGUGUUCAGUGAUUGAAUUAACCUCACCACCUUUUUUUUUUAUUUUAUUUCUAAUAUAGUUCACAAGAUAACUUCAACAAAUAAAUAUUGCUCUGUGUUAUUAUUGUGAUCAUAAUAACGCUGUACAUUAUACAGUACAUGAUCACGUUCUGUACUGGUGUAAUAUACAUUACGAUGAGUAUCUAUGUGCAGUACAUCGCCCUCCAUUUUCCAAUUGCCUCACAACGUGCGUGCCCUGAGGAUGAGUUCCAGGACAUGGUUACUCCGUUGGUGGUCCUGGCGAUAUCUCUAGCACUUUUUCACCUGGGAACUAAUGUAUGGACAGAAUACAGUAGUGACUAAGUGCUUUUGCAAAAUCGAUAUUCUUUUUUUUAGUUUUCUACCCAUAUAUUGUUGAUGUUAUAACAUGGCGACAUGAAGGGUGGUGUACGUUGAACGUAACACUACUUAAAUUGUGUACUUAUUUCUAUUAAUAGACUAAAUUAAAUAUUU